AUGUUUGCAGCUACAACAACCACAGUAGCCCCACAGACCACCACAGCAGUUCCAACAACCACAGAUGCUCCAACAAAAACUACAGCUACACAAACAAUAACCACAGCUGCUCCAACAACCACCACUGAAGCUCCAACAACAACUACUGCAGCUCUAACAACAACCACAGCUGCUACAACAAAAACUACAACAACCAAAGCAUUUCCAACAACAACCACAGCUGCUCCAACAACCAUAACAACAGUUCCAAAAAAGACCACAGCAGCUCCCGCUCCAACAACCACCACUGCAUCUCAAACAACAACUACAUCCGCUCUAACAACAACCACAGCCUCUCCAACAACAACCACAGCUGCACCAACAACAACCACACUCCAACAACAACUACCGCCGUUCCAACAACAACCACAGCCGCUCCAACAACAGCUGCUCCUACAACCACCUGCUCCAACAACAACCACAUCCGCUCCAACAAUAACCACAGCUACACCAACAACAGCGACAGCUUCAACAACAACCACAGCUGCUCCAAUAGCAACCACAGCUCCAAUAACAACCACA